AUGGAAGAGGUGGUUACCCCAGAACCACCCCCUCAGCUCGUGCGUGGUGUUGCAAUUCGCAUACAAAAGCCUAGUUGUAGUGCUGCCUUUCUUGGUAUUGCUAACAAGCAUUUUCCACUCUCAUCACAUACUUCUCAUUUGAAGCGAAUUCGAAAAACCCCAAAUGAGGCGAUAUCACCGCUCUUGGAUGAUGCGGAUACCAAUAAAGAAAAGAAGAACGACACUUUGUGCAAUAAUGUGACUACUGAAACUGUAACUGAUGUUUCUGUAGUCCCAGAGGAAGAUCAUUCACUGCAAUUGUUGCUUGGGGUUGAAUCUUCUAUGGAUACCAGUCUUCUUGAGAGGUUUAGGGAGGUAUCUGGUUCUGCAGAUCCCAUUAGGAUGGAAAGUGUUUGGGUGCCAGACAGAGCCCCUCGCAGGUGUCCAGAGGAGUGGCGAAAGUGGUCUGCGGUGUGGCCAUUUGCCUCUCCAAAGCCACGACCGGCUUCUUCAUUUCCACAAGAGGAAGUUGUUCACAUUCGUCGCAUCUUUAAUGAAGUGGUGUUGCCAUUGGCAGAACGUACACGCAGCGCAGAGGUACUUGGAUUGGCAGCUGUGUUGGUGGAUCCCUCACAGAAUUGGCGUAUACUUGUUUCUAGCGAUGAGGCUCCUCCACUCUUGAGAUCAAAUGCAGUGGCUUGCUCUGGAUACAUUCCACAAAUUAACUGUACUGGAGGUAGAGGACAAGAUGGUAUUGUUCUUGACCAUCCAGUUACCUAUGUGCUUAAGAAGCUUUCCUAUCUCCAGUGUAGUGAUGAUUCUUCAAGUAAUGAGGAGGUUCCUUAUUUGGCGAAUAAUAUAGAUCUUUUCGUUAGUCAUGAACCGUGUGUGAUGUGUUCAAUGGCGUUGGUACACAGUAGGGUAAGACGAGUUUUUUACUGUUUCCCUAAUUCUACACAUGGUGGAUUGGGCUCCAUCUUCACAAUUCACGCUAUUCCUUCACUUAAUCAUCACUUUCGUGUUUUUCGCUGUAGUCCAAGUUGGAUCUGUGAAAAAGCCGAUGAGGUGCAUGGGGCUUGUGAUGAUACUCUCAACAAGUGGGAAACUCUGCGUUAUCCAUGA